GUGUCAUUCAAAGCUUCCUCGCCCCAGGGCAAGGCAGACAUGCCCUGCUGUGGGCUCCGUUCACAUUAGGCUGCUAGCUAUGAGGAGCUUGCAGCCACUGUGCCUUGGCUCUUCUGUCGCUGUCCUUGCACCUGUCCUGCAAAUGCUUCCAUGCUCAUCCUUGUCCUCGCCUGGCUGUGAGAACAGCGAACAACAGUUGUAGAAUGGCAUCUGUUUUCUCUCUGUUUUUAACAGUAGUUUCUUAGUCGUAUUCAAUACUGUUGUUUCACCAAGCUAAGUUUUUCCUGGUGGAAAUGCAGUGCUUCAGGCAGAACAUCUUCCUCUAAAAUCUUGGUAAGUUUUACAGGCUUUUUCUCAUCUCUCCCCCAGCCUUUUUGGGACCAACGUCACAGACUUGCAGUGCUGCAACUUUGCGGGUCUUCAUUGUCCUGGACGUCUUCCCGUUGGUCUUAGUUGAAAUUGCUGAAUAUUAUGCUGGUGAAAUUCUAGCUUACAGUUAAACAGAUAAAACAGUGUCACAUCAAGAUCUAUAAAUAUACCCUUGUCUGAGCACAUAACAAUGAGUAAGUCUGCAAGUGACAGUUCAGAUCUGGUUUCCUUCCACCACCGUGGGAAAAGGAAGCUGCUCCUGUGCUUGGGCAGCCGUGAUUGCUUCCUGCAUCUGUGUGAUGGAGCAGGGCCAGCCAGCCCCUCCUCGGCCCUGCAGCACGACAUGGCUGCGGUGCCAGGGGCUUCACGCCCUGCCAGCCCCUGCUCCAGGCUUCUGCAGAAUUCAAAAUGGGGCAGGGAAGGAGGACGAACUCUUGCAAACUGCUGGGGAGGUGUGUCCAGGAGGUUAGUCCUCCUAGGUCCUGAUACAAGCUCAGGCAAAGCAUCUCCACAGCCUUGGGGGGGGGCUUUUGCAGGCCUCUGUGGCCUUUGCAAGGGUGUCUGCCGGAACAUGACCUGGGUAUUUGUGAAACUGUGAGGGCAUAGUAGUAUUAAAAACAGCAUGAGUCUUGUUUCUUCUUUCUAGGAAAAAAAAACCCAAUCCACUUUGACGCAAGAAUAAAAACGUUUCAAGGCAGAAUAUCUGUUUUAUGUGAAUCCUUGUGGAGAACUCCCAGCGUUAACUAAUGAGCCAAGACUGGAACCAUUAACACGAGCAGGACUUCUGUCAUUUACUUCAGGCUGAGCAGGUUUUGAUAUACGUCAUAAUUACCAUAAUUUUCUUUAACCAUCCAAACAGUGAAAGUGCUGUGCAGCCCACACAGUUAGGUUCUUGUUUUCUGUGAGCAAAGCAGCUCCUGCUUAUUUUAUUGGUAGCUGCAGCUGGGUAGGAAGCAUUUUGAGCAGUUGGACUUCACUAAAACAGAAAAGAACAAUGGAUUUUGGGCCCACAAAGAAUAUUCAGUGUUGGUUUGCUUUUUUUUCCCCCUUCUCUUAGAAGUAAAACCAUUGUAUGUUGUUAUUAUUAUUUUUUUCUUCUCAGGGUUAUUUCUUGUCAGUUCACAUUCCACAACUAACAGAGAAGAUAUUAUGUUAUACGUGUGGCUGUGAUAUUGGAGAGUGGCGAUACACAUUACAGCCUGGGAUUCUAUAUUUCAUUGUCUCUCACCAAUACCAGGUUAGAUCUGCACAGAUUGGAAGUAAAAAUAUUGUAACGAACUUUGAAAACAGUCUUGUAAUUACCAGCUCCACAAACUGAACUUGACCUUAGGGAUGUCAAACCCUGUUUCUGGCCUAAGCAUUACGAUGAUAAAAAUCCUAUUAGAAUGUAAUGUCUCUUGAUGAUGCAAGAAUCAGUUCAAAUCUGUUUCACCUGUUAUGGCUUGUGGAAGCAAUGAAGUAAUGCAGAGGCUCUUCAUUAUUGUUAAAAAUCUCUCUCUGAUUUGCAGCUCUGCCAUUUUAUGCAGGAACAUUUUGUAUCUGGAAUUGUGGAAUUGGGUUUUUGAAUGCGUUCCUCCCUAGUUCCCUCACUGAAGCUGGCAUAGAAGCACAGGCAAAGGGAAGCAUCUCCCAUGAUUACCCACUGGAGAUGCUGGGCUGGGAAGGAGGGCGCGGGGCUGGGAAGGCACCCUCUGCACGCAGGAUGUUUUUAAGAACCUUUUUCUGACCCGUACCCAGUAAAACUUGUUUGGAAGAGCCUCGCCGGGCCAGAACAUCAGCCUUCCAGCCAGCUGCUGGCCUUAAUUAUCUCCUCAGUUCUGCGUCAUGUAGCAAAGGUUAAAGCAUACCAACAGCUCAUCAGAUUGACUUUUUAAUCUUUGUUUUGAAAAUAAGAAAUCUCUUUAAUUUAAGCAGCAGAUAAUGGUUUUCGUAGGUGUGAGCGGGGCACAUUUGACUUGGGUACCACCGCGCUGCUGGAGCUCAGGCAGGGCUCGAAGCAGGGGACGGGGCAGAUCCAUGAGCGUUUAUUAAAGGAAAAACGUGAGGUUCAAAGCGGAUGGCAGAGACGACAGCAGAACCGCACCGCCUCACCAGCUCACCCUGCCGCCUCCCCCCAUUCCCAACAUGGCGGAGCCCCCAACGACCCGCGCGCACAGCACCGCCCCUCCUGGCGGCGGUGCCCCUCUUUACCUUCCCGGAGGCCCGCCUCUAUGGUCAGGGGCGCGGCGGGGGCGGGGCGCGAGGGGUGGCGCGCGGCGCCCCGGGCCGGCGGUUGGAGCGAGUCCCCUUUGUGUCUGGCGCGAGGCGCGGCCGUUGGUGUCGGCGGGCGGGAGGGGGCGCGAGCCGCGGCGAGGCGGCGGGCUCUGCGGCCCUCGGCCGGCGGAGGGCACGGGAAGGAGGCGGCGCGGGACCGCCCCUCGCCGGCCAGCCCGGCGUCGGGGAAGGCGCUGGCGGCGCGGAGGAACCGAGCCGCUCCCCGCCCCGCGGGCACGGCUGCGCCCGGCCCCGCUCGGAGCCGAGAGAGGCCGGCCGGGCUGGCGCUGAAGCGGCUCGCGGAGCGCUGAGAAGGAAGAGGAGGGGGAGCGCCGUCCUCCGGCGCGGGGGAAGAAGCUCCGCGGAACGCGGCCGGGCGUCGGGGCCGCCGAGGAGGGGCCUCGCUCCCGCCGCCCCGCGCCCCACCUCUGUCGGGGCGGCCGGGGGUGGCGUCGCCGCGGGGGCCGGGCUGCGGAGCCGGCUGGCGGCGGGCGGAUGGGCCGGGGGGCGGCCGUAG